UUGCGGCGGUAAAUGCAGAGUGCAAUGCGCCGGAAAAUUUUGCAUAAACUUUUUGUGAAAUUUCAAGUGCGUUUGUGUGAGUGUGCAGCAGCAGCGAGUAUGUGUAUGUGUGUGCGAGUGCGCUGGUGUUGAAAAAAUCUAUCUCUUCGCUACGCAUUUUCACCCCCCGUUUUUGCGUAUUUGAUCUCUCUUCCUCUUCUGCUGUAUCAGCAUAGCCGCCUGCCUCAGUGUGUGUGCGUAUGCGUUCUCUGCUUUCGUUUUUUAAUUCUUUGUUUAUAUUUACGUAUAGUUUGUUUGGCGGCCCCUGUUUUAUUGUUGUUACCCGAUGGUGGAUGCUCUUUCCUGUUUUGAUUUAUAGCCCGUGUAAAAAUAGUGAGCGAUUCCGAGACCUGAUUCUGAAAAAGCUUUCGUCGUCUGCUUUGCCACCACACCAUCGUUAAUCAAAGUGCCAUAAUUUUUUAUGAACACCAACAGACUAUCCUUUCUGAACAUCGCGAAAGAAGUAUUUUUCGUAUUGGUAAACUGUAGUGUCAAAAUGUGCGAAGUUCUCUAGGGAAUAUAUGGCUCAAGGUCUUCGGAUAGCGUGUUUUUAGACCUCAGCUUUUUAUAAAAAAAUUCGAUUCCAAAAAUAAAAUAAUUUACGCUUUAUUUUAUGCUGUAUUUUUCCUUUCCCUGGAAAAGUCACUUACUACUUCACAUAAAUAUUUAUAAAUUAAUUAAUUAUUAUUUAACUUGAUGAGAACAAUUUUUAACUUUUCCUUUUAAAAUUAAAAAAUAGUAGGAAAGUUACAAAUAUCUUUUAAUAUUAUGUAAACUUAGGUCAAAUACGGUUUCUUUUGAUAUAAAAUCCUUUUGAAAUAAAACUUUUAUUAUGAUAACAUAAUUUUCCCACAUCUGGCGGCUAACUAUAUUAUUGCACCUGUUCUAGGCUGAUAUCUUGAUUGUUAUGUUCAUAAAUUUGACGUAAAUUGCCUUAUUUAGAACCGCAGGCAGUUGCUCGCAUAAAUAUCUGAGCCGCAUUAUUUGUUUUGCCUACAUUUGCCUUUCCUCUGGGUUUUCCGCUCAUUCGCUCUUAACUUUUAGGAGAUUUUCCCUCGAAACAGUUUGCCCCCAGUUGAAUUUUGGCGCUCGCGUUGAUCGGUUGUGCAUUCGGAAAAUCUCUUGUUUGGCUUUUGGAAAAUGUGCCGUGCAAAGGCGUGGGUUUAUUUUUAGCCAACGUGCUGAUUUCCACAUUCGCCGUGCUCCAAAUCGGAUCGAGAAUCGACAACAGCUAAAUUAAUUGCUCAUCGCCGGGCUUUAAGGUCUUUCAACAAAGAAGGCAGAGUUCCAGCAACCUUGAAAUACGUGGUUAUAUAAUCCCGUCUAUGAAAGAUUGAAAUGCCCAGCAAAUUUCAGAGGAAAAGCUCCCCCGGAGGAGGAGGUGUCGGAAUGGGAGGGGCAUCCAGUGUUUCCUCUACGCCAAGUAAUCAGCCCCGGAAGCGGGUGAAAAGGUGCUGCCGGAACUUCGUCACCUUUAUGUGCACCCAGGUGGGCGUGGGAGCCCUGAUCGUUUUCUAUGCUAUUUGUGGUGCCUUUGCUUUCAUGCACAUCGAACGGAAGUUCGUGGACGAAACUUCUGGCCAUGUGCUGGAGCUGCGACAGAAUUACUCUCAGCAGCUGUGGAACAUCACGGAGAAGCACAAUACCAUUGAUCGCCGUCUCUGGACGGAGGCCACGAAUGCGGUUCUGCGUGAUUACCAGGCACAAAUAGCAGGGGUCGUUAAACACGGCUAUGUUGGACGAAGUCCCGAGCAGAUCUGGAGCUUUCCGGCUGCCCUGAUGUUCUGUCUCUCGGUCAUAACCAUGAUUGGCUAUGGCAACAUGGUGCCCAGAACUCCGUGGGGCAAGGGAUUGACCGUUAUCUAUGCCACUUUUGGAAUACCCCUGUACAUCCUGUAUUUCCUGAACAUGGGACGAGUUCUGGCUCGCUCAUUUAAGUUCCUCUAUCGAUCCAUGCACGACUGCACCCAGGAGCAUCCCCGACUGGAUCGCCUGGACGCCCUCGAGGGUGGCAUCGCCAUGUCCCGCAAGAAGAUCAUUGUACCCUCGACCGCUUGUCUUUGGGUGAUAUUCUUUUACGUUCUUACUGGCACCGUCAUGUUUGCCAAUUGGGAGAAGUGGAGUUUCCUCAACAGCUUUUACUUCUGCAUGACGUCGCUGUGCAAGAUUGGAUUCGGAGACUUUGUUCCCGGAGCAUCGCUUACGACCACCGCGGACGUGAAUGCGGCGACCCAUAAGCUGCAGGAGGAUAUCGCAGCCGAUCCUGCCGAGCUCGACCAUCUGCAUUCCGUGGCUGCCGAUCAGCACUCCAAACUGGCCAUAAACUUUGUGUACAUGCUGCUGGGCAUGGGCCUGGUGGCCAUGUGUCGCAACCUGAUGCGCGAGGAGGUGCGCCUAAAGGCGCGCGAGAUGCGCGAGGACGCCAAACUAUGCAUGGAGGACACUAGGCUGCGAUUUGUCGGUUGCUGUGGGAACCCACGUGAUGCCUACGAGGAUGAUUAUUAUUAGGAUUGGAAA